CCGAACUGCGAAUUCCGGAUCUUUGCGUGUCUCUCUUCCCCGGCUUUUUUUUUGUCUUAUAUAUCUGCCCUUUGCGCUGCGUCGCAUCUAGCCCGGCUCGAUCCUCAAAAGCCUACCAAGCAGCUCCCACCAUGUCGUCAAGAACACUAAUAUCGCGGAUGGGCCUUGUACGGCCGGGCGCAGCUUUGUCGCACGGGCAAUGCUGUCGACGAUGCUUUGCCAGCGUCACGGGAACUGGCGCAGAUGAGCAAUGGCCUCAGAAAACACCUCUUGGAGCAUACUACGAAAUCAUCUUUAAGAAUCCUACCGCAUAUUCACCUACUGCAACACUAGAGAGGGCCCCGUCCCCGGAUCAACCUCUGAGUCACAAGCCUCAGGGCAAUACGGCCAAGCCUUUGUUUGGUCAUGUAAACCCAACAACCACGUUACCGUCUCAUAAAGAGCCUGUGCCGACAACCCCAGAAGAUAGAGCGCGUGUCGUCUUCGGCUCCCGUCUCCUCGGUCCCGCCGAAGAAGCAGGACGUCUCGCCGCCAAAAAGGCCAAGUCUACAUAUGUCGCCGGCAUCUUGAUCCCCCCUCGCCCGGAAGAGCCAGACAACUGCUGCAUGAGCGGCUGCGUCAAUUGCGUGUGGGACCGUUACCGGGAAGAUCUGGAAGAAUGGUCGAUGAAGAAAGCAGAAGCGAAAGCGCGACUAAAAGCCGGAGGCAGCACCAUGGAUGCCGACGGCGGCGGAUCAGAAGCCGCCUGGGCGAGCAAGAUUUCAAAGGAUAUGUGGGAUGAAGAGGCCUUUCAGAAUGUUCCCGUCGGAAUUCGCGAAUUCAUGAAGCAAGAGAAGAAGCUAAAGGAGCGGCACCAGCGGGAAGGCACAUUAGGGGGCUAAAGAAGAAAAGGAAGAAAGAAAAGAAAUAGACGGGUAGACACUGGGUCGGAGCUACAGCGGGCGGCAUGUUUUGACAGUAAACGGACCUACACGGAGUAUGAUAAUGGCAUCACUCAUAGAUUUUAAUAUCCAGCAUGUAACAACGUGUUGAUAGACGUGGGGGAGAAUACAUUUAGAGCAGGAAACAGGAGCAAUGAUA